UGAAACAAAAUAGAUCAUUCUGAGGGUGUGUGAAUUAUCGCGACAACUAUUAUUAGAUAUAAACGGAUAUCAACGGGAAAUUAACACUGUUUUAGAUGUCAUUACCAUUAUCUAUAAUCAUGCAAAAGAAAAGUGGAUUUACUUGCAUUAUUCUUCAUAUUUAUUUACUAGUAUUUUGUAUGGAUAUUGUGAGCUGCGGCACAAUAAACGAUACCAAAACGUUAAUAUCUGAUCUUCUGUCAGAUUACAACAUCAACGUCCGACCAAUCGCAAACCAGAGUCAGGCUGUAAAUGUGACAGUACAGGCAUACAUAAAAAGUAUCCAAGAGUUCAAUGAAGUUGAAGGUAAAUUUUCAUUCAUUGGGGCUUUGGUGGUGAUGUGGGAGGACGCUAAUAUGAUUUGGAGUCCUGCACUUUACGGUCACGUGUAUGAGGUAACCUUGCUUUACCCAAACGUUUGGAUUCCAGAACUGGUUUUGUCCAGUCCGUCCGAUGACGUGGAUAGUCUCGGUCAAAAAUGGAACAGAAUACGCUACUUGUACAAUGGAUUAGCCAUUUGGGUACCGGUAGAUUUGAUUGAAAGCACAUGCUCAGUGAACAUACGCAAUUAUCCGUUUGACACGCAAAAAUGCAAAACAUCGUUUAAUUCAUUUGGUUACAACGAUUAUGAAGUACAGCUUGUAGCGGCUACCGACAAAUUCAGUUUAGAUGUGUACCAGGAAAAUUCUUUGUGGUUGAUAGAAAAGACAGAAGUGAAAGUAACUGAAACAGGUGGUAGUUCACAGAUUGAUUUAAUAAUACACCUGAACCGGAAACCGUCUUUUGUGAUCAUAAACGUUGUAAUGCCUAUCUUGUUUCUGAGUCUGUUGAAUGUUUUGGUGUUCCUCUUGAUUCCAGAGUCUGGGGAACGUGUUUCAUACUGUAUUACAGUACUCCUUGCAAUUGCUGUGUUUAUGACGAUCGUGAGUGACAUGCUGCCGAGGAGCUCGGAGCCGGUUCCUAUUAUCUCCUUUAAACUUAUGAUUGACAUGAUCAUCAGUUCUUUUAUUGUCUUUGUUGCAAUUCAGAACCUGACGUGGUAUCACAGGGAUGAAAACGUUCCUAUUCCGCCGUGGUUAAAAUCUGUAUAUAAGCAUUUGUCAUGCGUAUGUUGCAGACACAAGAAAAUAUUUAACAACACAAAGGUUAAAGCGAUCAGCGUCAGUGAAUUUGAAAAAGACCCGAUUGAGAAAAAAAUUAGUCGCCUUGUUGAGGAGCAUGUAGAGGAGACUGAAGUCACUUGGAAGAAAUUGAGCAUGAUGUUAGACAGGGUGGCGUUGAUAGGUUUUACUGCUGCCACAUUUGCUAGCUUUGUAAUAUUCCUGGUUGUUACUGCCGUUAGCUCUAGUUAAGAAAUCACACUAUAUUUGAUGUGAAAUCAUGUUCAGUUCAAAAUUACGAUUAUAUGGUUUCUGGCAGAUCAACGGAUUGUGUUAUUCAUCUUAUUCAUCCCGAUUAUCCAAACAAGAAAUGACCAUAGGAAGUGAAAGAGAAUUGAUUUAAUAUAUCUAGAUGUAUUUCAAAUGUUCUUUUUUGACUAUGAGAAAUGAUAACAACACCAUGGUAUUUUAUUGUGUAAAUAGUAGAUUAUCUUUUCUACAGACAUCGAGCUUGAGUACACUAAUCAUCCUCUCUGUACAAAAGUACUUAUUCCAGUAUUUUAUUUAAAAUUGUUUAAUUGAUAACCUGCAAAUUACAAAAUGUAUAAAAGUUAACCCUGACUUGUACGAAAUUCAAAAAAGGUAUUCCUAUGAACUCCAGGGGAGAUAACUUGGACUUUUUAUGUUUUUCAUAUGACUUUAGAUUGAUCGUGUAAUUUUGAUAUUUUUAACAAAUGACAGCAAUUUAUUUCAUCUCUAUUUUUUUUCAUACUUCUCACAUAUUCUAUUAGUGGUCAUAAAGACCCCUGAUACAACAAACAAAUACAUUUUGUAAAAAUUAUUUGUUGUAUUAUUAUUGUCAGAUAAAUAAAUUUACAUUGGUCCUAAAAGGCUAGAACUAAUAUGUAUAUUUGAAAUAAAAACAAAAGCCUUAGGUAUCUACUGAUAUUAUAAACAAUAAAAGGCAGUCUCCUAAUUUGAACAGAUUUCAAUUGAAAUGAACUUUAACAGACAUCUUUUACUAGAUCCUUUCGUGGUAUAGUAUAUAUAAGAAAAUUAGCAUCAGAAGAAAUUUGUUUAACACAUUUAAGUUUGUUCGUAUAAACUGAUGUCAAAUUACAGGCUUGUUGAGGUCAAGUCCAUUAUUGUCUACACACUAAAAAUAAACAAUUGGAAUAUUUGUUGACAUAGAAAACUGGCAUUUCUGUCAUACUGAAGUUUGAAAUAAAAUUUUAAAUAGAUUUAUGACUGUCAAGGAUCUGUUUAGUUGCAAAAUGUUAAAUCCAGCGAACCCUACCAUUCUUAAAGAGACUGGCGCCAAUUGUUUCGAGAUCCUUUAAUAUUGUAGAACUACAAGUUCGCUCACUGAAAUAUUUACUGGCAUCGAUUCCGACAGCAUGACGGAUGAUCUAGAAUAAAA